AUGGCUACUAUUGCUGCAUCAAAUGAUGAUUUUAAGAUAAAAGCUGAUGAUCAAUGUCUGGAAAUCUUUUGCCUUAUUUGGCUUAAUGCUAAUCCAAGCGCUAAAGAUAAUCGAGAUACAGAACAAAAGCUACGUUCUAUCAUUAAUCAAUUCAAAAGAUUUCACGAUGUAGUUCAGUGUAAACAGUUUGUUGAAGGGCGACCAAAAACCGAUCGGUUAGUCAUGAUUGUCAGUGGUCAAUUGGGGCGCGAAAUAGUCCCAUCUAUUCAUAAACUUCGACAAGUUAUAUCGAUUUACGUGUAUUGUCAGGAUAAAGCAGGCCAUGAAAAAUGGGCUUGCAAGUUUUGGAAAGUAAAAGCGGUUGUUGAUAAAUUUGAAGAACUCAUUUCUCAAAUUAAAGCUGAUCACAAAAUUCAAAAAGUUGUUGAAGAACCAUUGUCAAUUAAUACUUUUACUACCGGUAAAUCAACAGGAGGCGUUAAUGACAAUAUUCAUAUGAUCUUUUUAUUUCGUGAAUAUAUCUCUGAUAUUCAGCGUCAGCUGAAACAUCAUCAAGCCAAGAAAACGCUGCGUGUUUAUCGAGGCCAAAUGAUAUCAAGUGAUGAACUGAAAACUUUAGAGAAAUGCCGUGGACAAUUUAUCUCCAUCAGUUCAUUUUUUUCUACGAGUACCGACGAAAAACAAGCUCGUGGCUUUCUGAAUGCUUCCAACGCUGCAGAAAAUGUGGAACCGGUAUUAUUUGAAAUCAUUGCCGAUCCUGAAGUAGCUGCUAAAAAACCAUUUGCUGACAUUAGUGUAUGCAGUGACUUUCCUGGCGAGUCGGAAAUACUCUUUAUGCUUGGAUCUAUUUUUCGUUUGAAUAGCAUCGACCGAAAUGGUGAUGGUCAAGUGUGGAUCAUCCAAAUGAAUUUAUGUAGUGAGCAUGAACACGAAUUAAAAAAUGUUCUUAUCCAUAUGAAAAACAAACUCUACAGUGGAGAAACAACUCUUCGAACAUUAGGAAGCGUUUUAUGGGAAAUGGGAAAAUUUAAUCUAGCUGAAAAAUACUUAAUUCGUUUCUUGGAUACAAUAUCACCCGAUGAUUCUUUACUUGCUAGUUUGUAUGAAGAUCUUGCAAAACUCGCAUCGCAUGCCGGUGACUAUGACAAGAGUGUCCAAUGGCAUCAAAAAGGCUUAGCACUACAAAGUCAAAAAACCUUGUCUACCGUUUACGAGAUUAAUAAAUCAAACAAUUCGACAGAAGGUAUUCAUCAUGCAUUCGUUAUGGAUGAAAAGCAGCCACACAGAACCUCUGCUGGUGGCUCAUUGUUUUCAUCUAUUGUAGAUAAAUCCAAGGACUUAUCAUCAUCUUUGCCUACUAGUAGUGAAUCAAGUAUAGUACCAGUCGUCACCACCACAAGUGAAACUACUGUGCGUCCUAGGCGCGCUCGUCAAAAUUUAUCAAGCUUUGUUCUAAUUUGGCUUGACGCUACAUUUAAUGAAUUUGAGGAUUACUUUAAAAAUUCAUUGCAACAUUUAAGACAAAUCGUGCCAUCAAUCACAACUUUUACAGAUGCUGAGGAAUGUAUUACUUUUAUCAGUGAAAUCAAAGGAGAAAAAGUAUAUCUGAUUGUAUCUGGCUCAUUAGGACAGCACAUUAUACCAAAGAUUCAUGCAUGGUCGCAAUUAGAAUCUGUAUAUAUUUUUUGCAGCAAUAAAUCAGUUCAUGAGAGGUGGGCAGAAGAGUGGCCAAAAGUAAAGAGUGUUUACACACAAAUCAAACCUAUUUGCGAAGCGUUACAAGCAGACUACGAAAAUUGUGACCAAGUCAUGGUUUCAAUCUCAUUUUCCGACAUUGAACCAACGUUUAUGUAUACACAGUUAUUAACAGAAGCACUUUUAGAAAUCGAAGAUGACGAUCAGAAGUCAAUUAAAGAUUUCGUUCACUACUGCCGUCAACAAGAUAAUAUUGAUGAAGCGGAGAUUAGCAAGAUUGAACGUGAGUAUCUUAACCAUUCAACAAUAUGGUGGUAUACUGCACCGUAUUUCAUGUAUUCAAUGAUCGCCCGGGGUCUCCGACUCAUGGAUAUUGAUAUCAUUAGUAAAAUGGGAUUUUUUAUUCGUCACUUACACAUGCAUAUUAAGAGAUUAUAUCAUGAACAACAAUCCAAGAUCAAGAUAAAAGCACCGUUCCAAGUUUUCCGUGGUCAAGGACUGUCAAUUGAACAUUUCCAGGAAAUGAAACAAAGGCUGGGCAGACUUAUGUCCUUUAAUAACUUCCUUUCAACAAGUCUGGAUCGCAACAUAAUGCUUGAACAAUAUUCAAAGAUAGCAGCACUUCAUAAUCCAAAUAUAGUUGGUAUUCUGUUUGUAAUGAAAAUUGAUCCGGCAUUAUGUGCUCAGUCAUUCAUUCCUUUCGCUCAUGUUAAAGAGGAAGGAUACUACAAAGAUAUGGAAAAAGAAAUUUUAUUUUCUACACACACAAUCUUCCGCAUUGAUCGAAUCGAACGAAUUCCUGAUAAGCAAACUGAUCGACUUUAUCAAGUCUACCUCACUCUCACAAAUAAUAGAGAUCACGAACUGAGUGGGCUUACCGAACACUUACGUCAAGACCUGGAUAAUACGACAGGAUGGUCUCGAUUUGCUCGUAUACUUAUUAAACUUGGAGAAUUCCGGACAGCAGAAUAUCUCUACCAAAUCCUGCUUCCAGAAGCUUCUUCUCAUAAAGAUUGCGUCGAUUACAAUCUUCAACUUGGUACCAUCUAUAAUAACAUGGGAGAGUAUUCCAAAGCUCUUUCAAUGCAUGAACGAUCACUUGAAAUCCGAAAAAAAGCUCUCCCACCGAAUCAUCCUGACUUGGCUACCUCCUACAACAAUAUCGGCAUGGUGUAUGAUAACAUGGGAGAGUAUUCAAAAGCUUUUUCAAUGCAUGAACGAUCACUUGAAAUCCGAGAAAAAGCUCUCCAACCGAAUCAUCCUGACUUGGCUACUUCAUACAAAAACAUGGGCAAUCUUCACGAGCACAUGAAAGAUUACAAAAGGGCGCUGUCAAAGUACGAAAAAGCACGAGGUAUAUGGGAAUGGUCACUACCACCAGGACAUCCACAUACUAAACUAGUGAAAAGCAACAUUAACCGAAUAAAGAAAAUAUAA